UUCCAAGCGGCGAAAUUCUUUCGGAUUUAUACACUUUGUUGGAAGUCUCAAAUUGACCCCAUAAGUUAUGUUUCCUUGCCAUGGAAGCCCGCUCCUCUCCUCCGUCAGAAGCCCAACCGCCCAUCGCCGACCCGGCAGAUCCGACGGCUGAGAUUCAUCCUCUGGAGCUCAUCGACGACGGAAUCAGAGAUGAGAAGAGGAGGAGGAGGAAGAAGAACACGGAGAAGGAAAACAGAAAGAUCAAGGGGAAGAAGAAAUUGAACAACGACGAGGCGUCUUCUUCGUCUUCUUCUUGCUCGUGUUCUUCGUCUCUUCCAAUGCAAUCGUCCUCUACCUCUCUUCCCAACCCCACGCGCAGAGCGUCGCGCGUGGCACCCCGAUCGCGAAACCCUACGGUACGGUUGGGUACGGCUCGGAGAACCGUCGGGGAACAGCAAGUUGACUCCUUGGCCCUCCCUCUCGGCAUGUCGAUUGCGGCUUUUGUUAAUCUGGUUCUUGAGAGGAACAAUGCUGCCGAUCAAAAUGUGCCCGUCAACGAUCUUGCAGUGAUUUGUGCUUCGGCUGUCAGAGAAUCUUUAGCCAAUGUCUAUGGGAACAAGUUUGGUUCCUUUGCUGGGAACUUCGAGAGAUCAUUCAGGAGUACACUGAGGACCCUACGAUUGAUUAACGAGGCAUCACCAUUGACAAGGGAAAGGCAUCAGUUAGACUGUAAUGAUGGAGAUUCUGUCUCGGACUGUUCUAUGAGAAAUGUAUGCUCAGAAAUGGAACUGCCUGUGAGAGAACCUUCAUAUGUUACAUCUAUGUAUGAAGAAAUCCAGGACAGAGCAAUAACAAGCUCUUCAACAGGAGAGCUCACCUUGCAGGAAGACACACGCCAGUUGUCUUGUAUUACUAGAAACCCAUCACUGUCUAGAAACAACCAGAUGACCACAAUAGAAAGAUCACUGGUGGUAGAGCAGGCACGUGCAAACGACCUAAAGAGCCUGGAGAUUGGUCUCACCAUGAGAAAACUGAGGUUGAAAGAGACAGAGCUGGCACUAAAUUAUGAAUCGAACAAUCUCGAAAGGUCAAAGUUAGAGAUUGGCGUGUCAAAAGCGUCAUUCAAAGCCGAAAAAUUCAAGACCGAACUAGGAGACACAAGACAGGCUGAGCUGCUUAAGCGAUGUAUCGACUGUCUCGUUGCAGGGCUUUUCAUCAUGCUGGCUUCUCUGUUGUAUGGUGCUUAUGUCUUCUCCUACCAGAAGAUCAUAGAAGCUACUGCAGUUUGUGUGCCUUCUCCAGAGGAGAGGAGUUCUUGGUGGAUGCCAAAACGGGUCUCGUCUAUGAGCUCGGGCUGGAGCACGCUGAAAUGCCAGGUCAGGGUGGCGACCCAGAUGCUGUUCGGUCUCCUAAUGAUCCUAACCAUCUCCUACUCCAUUAUCAUCCGGUCAUCUUCUUGCAAGCAGACAAUGCCGGUCACUUUCAUUCUUCUCCUCCUGGGUGUUCUAUGUGGUCUAGCCGGCAAGUUCUGCGUGGACACAUUAGGCGGGAACGGAUACCAUUGGCUCGCCUUCUGGGAGACGCUUUGUCUUGUCCAUUUCUUCUCAAACAUCUUCACAUCAGCCUUGUUUGCUGUUCUGUACGGCCCUGUAACUGUGACCAAACAGACAAAUGGCCGCCCCUUGGUUCCCUACUGGGCAAGACGCGCUCUCUUCUACACCACCAUUCUCUUCUUUCUCCCAUUGUUGAGCGGAUUGAUUCCAUUCGCGGGUUUCCAUGAAUGGAAGGAGCAUUUCGCCGAGCUUGCCAUGGAGUAUAGAGCAAAGCCUUUUGUGUAACAUUACAAGAACUGCUCUAUUUGAUAAUUUAUGGUUUGUAGUAUGAAGCUGCAACAGUUGUGGCUUCCAUCCGUAUUUUUUUGUAAUUUUUUUUUCAUCCAACUUGAAUGUAACUUUUUGGAUUCUGGUCCUUGUUUUGGUUGUUCGAUCAAAUUAUAUCGAUUUUAAAAUUCCA